GUGGGGGCUACGUAAAUAAGUCGUUCCUCCAAGGUAUUUCCGGCUCAAUGGUGAGUUUGCUGGUGAGACACCUGCACGUCGACCAGGCUCUUCCCGUUGGGCUAAGAAACGUCGAUGAAUAUUGAUCCACCGUGAUCCGACGGCAUGCGGACUGGGACCAGGUUGCAAGUGAUGGGUGGCCUUUAUGCCACAAGGGAAUCUCGAGCCAGGGCUUCGCCUAGGCGAGCAUCCUACUCGUACAAGGACAUGGCAUUACUCGUGCGCCUAACAACGUGCAAAAGCUUCCCAGUGGUAAGCAUCAUUUAUUGCAUAUGUCCCACAGCUCCCAAAGUAUCCAUCGCUUAACUCCUCGAGCGGACUGGGGGCCAAUAUUCACUAUAAUCUGU